CUUUGGGGCUUGCUUAGGUGACGUACACGAUGUUCUGGUGAUGCAGGGGGAUACUGGGUGAUGCCAGGUGAUGCUUUUGAGGCUCAGGUGAUGCUCAGGUGUCUCAGUGGGAUGCUCAGGAGAUGUUGGGCACUACUGGGGGGAUGCUGGGUGAUGCCUGGAGAUACUGAGGGGGUACUUGCAAUGCUCAGGAGAUGCCCUGGAAGGCUGGGUGACGCAGGGCUGGUCUGCCAGCUCCACCUGCUGGCAUGCACCGCCUGGCACUGCAGUCAGCAUCAGGGCCCCUCCACAGCAGCAGCCCAAAAUUCAGAGACCCUAAGAGAGAGGGUCCUUCCGAGCUGCAGGCUGCUGUGUUGAUGAAAAAGCCUCAAAUUAGCUUGAACGGUGUAACUGAGGGGGAACUUGGGGCAGCCUGUGUUUGUGCCUCGCCACAGUCUGCUGGCUCUUCACCUGAGCUGACCCGGCUUUGCUCCCUGUUGCCUGCAACAGACACUCAUUGAGGCUUUGAAACCAAGCGCGAGAGCUUUUCCAGCACUUUUCCAAGGAGAUAAUGGAGAAAUGCUUGGCCAGCCUGCCAGGAAUCCCUCCCCCACCAGCACUGCGCUCCCACUCAGGCUCGCGCAGGGCUGCCCUGGCCAGCACCGAGGGAGGGGAGCGCCUGACCGGAUCCCCAGCUUCCACAUUGAGGAUCAAAUGUUGCCUCUCAGUUGGGGUGGGUUGGGUUUUAUAGGAUCUCUGCCAGGUUCUGGGAGGAUGGGAGAAGGGAAGCAAGUCCUUGUUGCCCUUGGCAGAGGCUGACUGCGAGGCGAGCAGGGCUUUUUCCACAGCUCCCCUCCUCUUCUUUAACCUUCUAGUGUAAUGGUGAGCACUGGAAAGCCGCACAUGAAAACCACUGUGUUUUCUCCAGCCAGUGAGGAGACUUUUGGGGGGCUCCCAGUGAAGCCUGUCAUGCCAUGCCAUCCCAUCAUGGGCUCAGAGUGCUUGCCAUGGGGACUUUGCUCACGAUGUAUGUUCUCUCUCCUGUUCAGGAAGGCCAGCUCACGUCUCCCAUCGCACGCCCUGGUCAGGACACCGGCAGCACCGUAUAAAUGGCCUCAAAACGGCACUUGGAGUCUCUGGACCCCGUGAUUUUCAACAAGCUACCUCGGCUGGAGACAGACUCCACCACCGGCUUCCCCGCCAGCCUCUGCAAAUCCAGCCCUGUCCCCAGCCCUGGCUCCAAAACCCAUUUCAACUACAAGGGUUCCUACUUUGCCUGUCCGCUCCAAAGCCCCGAUGGCCCCGAGCAGCCGCUGGCGCACUGGAGCCCAGCAGCUCCCUACCUGCACUAUGGUGCCGGUGCCGGCAGCCAGCCCGUGCCAGCGGAGGGGCCGCUCGUGGGCUGCCUGCUGUACCGAUCCGAGGGUCUGGGGACUGGGCUGCAGCCCCCGGGUGCCGAAAAGCACAAGGAGAGCGUGAUGAGGGAGGUGCUGAUGGCAAGGGAGAAGUGGACCAGCCUGCCACCGGCUCUGGGACACCCCUUCCCGGUGAAGAAGCCGGUGGCGGUGAACAAGGCGGCUCCCCUGGCUGUCCCCAAGCCGGUGUACAGAGCCCCAGCGUGCUUCGUAGACCCCAGGGUGGCCCUGCCGCUGGGACCCCGGGCAGAGAGCCUGCGGCAGAGACCAGGUGAUGAAGACUGGGUUCUGCCCGCCGCCACCCCCGCCAGCCACCCUCUCCACCCUGGUGAGCACCACAGCAGCACUGGGAUGCACAAGAAGGGUCCCCACUCCAACCCCAGCCUCCCUCCGCUGCAUCCAAGCUUGGCAUUGCCCACCAAGGAGAAGCUGGGCUCCCCUGUCACCUUCUCCCCCUAUUACGCCACCUUUGACAAAUACAGGGCUCCCCCUGGCACCUCCUUCCUGGAAGCUGGCUGCCCCACCGCCCACGGCCAGAGGAAGGUCCCCGAGGUCCCCAGCCUCAGCCCGGACCCCUGGCCCAAGCUCCAGCCACCCACCUCCAUCCCUGGGUACCGGGAGAGGCUGCCGGCAUCCUACCCGCACACCCCCUACCCGCUGCCGCUCCAUAAGGCUGCUCUCCUUUACCACCCACCAGCUCCCACCGUGGAGGCACAGACCAGUGCCUACAAAGGCUUUGGCUUUGUGGGAGGUGGGGAGCCCUUUCCUGGCUCUUACCUUAAGCCCCAAAGCCCAAGGAGCUACUUUCCUACCCCCUUGGACACCUACGCGCCGAGGGCGGACAGUGCCAGUGCGGUGGCAUCACCGCCCACCAAGUCGGUGGCACCACCAAGGGAUGCCAAGGCACUGCAGCGAGCCGGCUACUUGAUGAGCCCCGGCUUUGCCUUCAGCCCCCGGGACGUGGCCGUAUUCGGCACCUCCUUCACCGGCACAGAGCCAAGCUGUGAGCAGCUCAGGGCAGAAAGUCCUCGGCAGCAAGUGGCAGCGAGGCACAACAGUGCUUUCCAACCCAUCUGCGCCCCGGAGAAGGUGCCCAGGGGCUCCGGUGGGCUCACAGAGACAUUUCCCAAAGGAGAAGGGAGCUGGGUGAAACCCAGCCAGGUGGAGCAGGAGUUUCCCUACCCGGAGAGGGGGAAGGGGGCCAGCCCAGCCCCUCUGGAGAGCCCCGGUGGGGGACCCGUGGCUCCUGUCAUCGUAGGGAAGGGAGAUUCCUGCAAGGUCAAGGAGGCAGCCAAGGAGCUCCUCCACCCUUCUGCAUCUACCACCCCUCCACAGGGGUUGAGAGACCUGAAGGAUGGCAAGGUUUCUCCUUCCUCCCCACCUAUGCCAGUGAUCAACAACGUCUUCAGCCUGGCGCCUUACCGAGACUACCUGGAGGGAACUGACGGCUCAGCCCAGGUGCCCUUGAGCAGGGAGCACCUACGGAGAGACGCUCCACCCCAAAACAUGGGGGGCAGCCAAGAGCCCACUGCCCUCGGGGAUGUCCCGGUGGUGUCCAGCCUGGUCCCCUCAGGAACGGCAGGCAGCCAGGCACUGAAGACGGGCAGCAGUGCAGCCCAGAGCCAAGGGGAAAGUUGCUCCAGAAGGGUCCCCGAAAAGCCAAAGCUUGUGCCCCACGACGUGGCGUCUCAGGAGGGCAGCCCUGGUGGGGUGGCGAGCGGUGAGACAGCCCCCACGGACAUUGUGCUGGACCUCAGCUUGAAGAAGAGAUUGGUGAAAGCCAGCGAGCCCCAGAGACCCACUGGCUGCCCAGAGGGGACGCCGGACAGGGAGGAUGCGGGAGAGGAGAAAGAGAGCCCAGGGCAGAAGGUGGAGGAAGCAGAGAGAACCAAGCCCCAGGUGCUGCCGUUGCUGCUCGAGGUGCACUCUGGGGACAAGAGCAACUUCCAGAGCUCGGCCACCUUCAUGUUCAAAAAAUACAAGAUCCUGCGCUCCCGCCCGCCGAGCACCAACCCCCCCCGGCAGGCCAGCAGCCCCCCAGACCUCCAGCCCAGCCUACCGCCACUGACCCCCUCUAGCAGCACCCUCACUGCGCCACCACGGACCCCUCCUGUCUCGCCGCCAGCCAGCAGCCCCCCAACCCCGCAGCCCAGCCCCCAGCCCGGCCCCUCGGCUCUGCUGGUGGCUCGCCCUGACCCACAGCAGCCCCCGCUGCCUCAAGCCCCCCAUGCACCGGCAGAGGAGAGCAUCUUGCUGCUGGGGCAGUGUGAGGUUCCUGCAGCGCAGACCUCCUCUGGAAACUAUUUCACCACCCUGCACACCUCGCUCUGCAAUAUUAUUUCCUGCUCGGUGUCCACGUCCUCCCCAGAGCUCCUGCAGGAGUGGCUGAAGAAGGCGGAGGUGGUGGAGGAACUUGGAGAGGGGGCCAAAUCCCCUCCCAAAGCCAAGAACGGCUCCAGGAUCCCCGAAUCUCAGAAGCCCACCAAAGGCAGGGAGAUCUGGUUGGCUUUCCAAAAUGUGGCUGCUCUUCUCACCAACCUCCUGUCUCAGCUGGAGACUUUCAUGUUCGCUCGCAAGUGUCCUUUCCCCCAUGUAGUCCGGGCAGGGGCUGUCUUCAUCCCCAUCCACGUGGUGAAGGAGAAGCUCUUCCCUAAGCUCCCUGGGGCCUUUGUUGACCAAGUGCUGCAGGAGCACAAGGUGGAACUGCGUCCCACCACGCUCUCCGAGGAGAGACACUUGAGGGACCUAGAGCUGAAGAGCUGUACCUCACGCAUGCUGAAGCUCCUGGCGCUCAAGCAGCUCCCUGACAUCUACCCAGACCUGCUGAACCUCCACUGGCACGACUCCAUCCGGCAGCAGCUUGGCGUCUCCCAUGGAGGGCUGGUGACACCAGUGGAUCCUUGGGUCUCUUCCAGGGAAGCUCUAGCCCGAUCUGCUUUCCAGAUGUUGCUGUUUAGUGGGAACAUCCAUUGCUUGCAUGGUCCCUCAACAUCCUUGCCCUAUGAAGGCUUCUGUGGAGCAGAACAGCUUUUCUCCGUGGGCUGUGGAGGGUGAAAGCUUGAGCUGGGGGCUGGUGAUGGGGCCAGGGGUUGUCCCUGCCUGGGCGAGAAAAGUCAUCCCCGAGGUGUUGGUCACCUCUAGGACACCUCCCUCUCCAAGGGCAGUGAGACCAGAGGCUCUGGGGCACAAUGGGAGUGGGUCAAUGUGCACGUUGCAUGCUGGACCUGCCACCCAUGGUGGCUUAUCCCAUUGUCCCUGUCCAGAUGUCCUUUUGCUGCUGCUCAAGGCCAUUGCCAACACUCUUUAUUUCUUACAGGGUGCAGAUCGCAGGCUGGCCAGCACCUCUCCAAGUAGCCUUGGCACGGAGGUACGGAGAGCUGAUGGCUGAGUGAUGGCCAUGGAUAGCAUAGCGCUGAGGAACACGCCGAGGGCAACAGCCGAGCCACCUGCCUGGCGGUGACAUGGAUGCACUGAAGGAUGGGGAUGGGUCUUCCUGGGAUGCUGCCACUGGCACCACAGGGACCCACUGAGGACGGUGCUUGGGGUGGAAAACACUGGCAGGGAUGCACGACCCAGAGAUGCUCCAGGGCCGUGAGCAGGGAUAACUGGCAUGGGCCGUGGCCACGCCGCCGUCCCCAGCCUCGGAGAAAGGCUGGCUGCUGCCAGGAUGAUUUACCACAUCCCCUCCUCUCUCCUCUCACUCGCUUCUCCUGCUCGAUACACAUCGUUCCCAGCAAAUGUUCCUUCCUCCUGGUUUUUAAAGUGCUACAGAGACUUAACACCACAUUAAGCAUCAAGGGAGUUGCAACUUCUGUCGUUACAGGGCUGAUUUUUAUGUUUUAAAUGAAGACAUUUUUAAGAUGUUAUGACUUUAUCUUUUUAAGGAGCUGCUGCCUUCAGGUUAUGGGUUUUUUUAAAAAGAAAACAUAGAAUAAUUUAUAUUUGUCUUUUUAUUUAAACUUACGGCUCCCCUGUUCAGACCGAGGCAGUGGGAGCGAUGCUGUUCAGAGUGAGAGUUCCAGUCCCAAUCGUAGCUGAAGAAGGCUGAAAGAGAGAUGUAAAGGCCAUUAAAGGAAACCAAACCACUUCACAACCCAGAUCCCACCUGUCCCAAAGGAGAACUUGGGAGCUGCACAUCUGGGGAUGACCUUGAUGGAGACACGGUGACACUGGCACGAGCAGAGGGGCAGGAGAGGGGAGUGAUGCUGCGAGACCUUGGAAGGAGCGGUCCUUCCCAUCCCACAGGCACCACAAGGGUGGGCAUCCCGGGAAGAGUCCCAGCAGACAAGGACAGACGGACUCAUCCUUGCCUGGUCUGCGGUGGUGGGACACAGCAGAAGCCUUACAAACCCAACACUCAGGUGUUUUUCCAGCUGGAGGAACAAAAUGAGAAUUGUUAUUACUUUUUUUUUUACUUCACUACAGGAAAUAUUUAUUUUAAACUAAGAAAAUGGAGAAAAUGGAAAAAAAUACCUACCCAAACCAUACCAUAGACUUUCUUUUUUAGCCAAAAGGUGUGUUUGUCAGCCUGGCAGGUGGCUGCUGCCAUGUUUUUUGCAGGUGCCUUUCUGGUUUUCCACUGGGAUGGAUGCACGGGGUCUGUGCCUGGUGUUAUAAAGCGAUUUGGAAAGCAGUGUUUGUUAAUAAUACUGUAAUUUUUUAUAUAUAUAUAUAAGGUUGCAGGGAAGAAAGUUCCUUCGCUUUAUUUAAUAUUUUGUAAGAAUAUGGACUUUCAGAGGUGCCUCGCCCGAUUAAAGGUUCUGACUUGUUUUCAAAGAUGCCGUGCUUCGGUCUCUUCUUGCCAGCGUGGGCAGGAUGGGACCUUUCUGGGGAUUGCAGGGGUCCCAAAUCAGCACCCAUGGGUCCCCUGCCAGUAACGGAGCACAUCCAGCACCUGCGAGGGGUGUGUCCUGAGCUCCCUGCGUGACAGCCCGGGAGGA